AUGCUAGAAAAAGGCAACCAUCAAUUUGACUUUGAGUACAGACUACCUGACAAUCUGCCUUCUUCUUUUAUUGGUAAGUUUGGGAGUGUUACGUAUGUGUUCAAGGCUAGUGCUUAUGGUGAUCGCCCUGGUGACACCUCACUCAUCAGUGAACCCUUUCUCAUCCUCCGCAGUCUGCCCCUCCCCGAGCGAUUCAGACAUGGCGCUUCCGCAAAAUUGGAAAAACGCAUAUGGAAAAAGCUGUCAAGUGGGAAAGUCAAGCUCUCAGCCAGUAUAAACCGGGUAGGAGGAACCCAGGGGGAGGACCUGUUCAUAAACGCUGAGGUAGCUAACAGAUCUCCUGCCAGGAUUACUGCGAUGCAGACCUCAAUUAUCAUGAAUACCCUCUACCACGCUCAAAACCGUGCUAUACCCUUCCGUCAAAUUGUCAAUAAGCGACGGGACGAGUAUGAACUAUUACGUGGUGACGGACGUCGAUGGCAAAAUGUGCGUCUGUCUAUCCCUCCCUAUAUCCCUGAAACGAGACUCGAGUAUUGUGAUAUCAUUGAAGUCUCCUAUACUCUACAGUUCAGGAUAGAAAUCGCAGGUGGGAAAGAAAUGAAAAUAGAAUUUCCAUUUAUGGUCGGAUCCAUGCAAGAAGGACAUGAAAUUGUGUCACGUAAUAAAAACAGCAUCAUGAACCGUCAGUGGACGUUGAGCUCGAAGGAGCUCCAAAUGGGCCCAGCAGGUGACCCGGCCCCGGAUUACGACCAUGAUGGGGACUGGUAUCACGAGAAUGUGCCAGAACUUCGCCCAGAAGAUUCUAAGGUUACAAACCCAUUGUUUCAGGAUCAUGACAAAAAGAUUACACAUAAAAACAUUGAAAACUUCCAACCUACACUGGAUGAGCUGCCAGAGGUUAUUGAAAACACAAAACUAUGA